UUUUAAGCUGAGCACGCCUCAAAAAUCGAGUACCGCAGCGCCAUAUUGCGACGCGCACGCCAAGCAUUCGUCACACGACAGAAAGCGAGCAUUGAGCAAGGAUCAGGGUGGCAGAAGGACGAGGAGAAAUGAGGCGGACGUGACGUCACAAUGACAUGAUGAAGAGCCUGGUGGGGAUCAUGUGGAUAGUGUUGGUGCUCAUAUCAGGAUGCUCAGGAAAUCCAGACGCAAAACGACUGUACGACGACCUCCUGUCAAAUUACAACAAGUUGGUACGACCCGUGGUCAAUGUCACAGACGCCCUCACCGUUAAGAUCAAACUUAAGCUCUCUCAACUCAUCGACGUGAACCUGAAGAAUCAGAUCAUGACGACUAACCUUUGGGUCGAACAGUCUUGGUACGAUUACAAGCUGAAAUGGGAUCCAAAGGAGUAUGGCGGGGUGGAAAUGCUUCAUGUACCGUCCGAUCACAUCUGGAGGCCCGAUAUAGUUUUAUACAACAAUGCUGACGGCAACUUCGAGGUGACGUUGGCCACUAAGGCGACUUUAAACUAUACAGGGAGGGUCGAGUGGAAACCUCCGGCGAUUUACAAGUCUUCCUGCGAAAUCGACGUCGAGUACUUCCCAUUCGACGAGCAAACCUGCGUCAUGAAAUUCGGCUCGUGGACGUAUGACGGCUUCCAGGUCGAUCUUAGGCACAUCGACGAAAUUCGUGGCAGCAACGUGGUGGAGAUCGGGGUGGACUUGUCGGAGUUCUACACUUCCGUCGAGUGGGACAUUCUCGAGGUUCCAGCCGUCAGAAACGAAAAGUUUUAUACGUGCUGUGACGAGCCCUAUCUCGAUAUAACCUUCAAUAUCACCAUGAGACGGAAGACCCUUUUCUAUACCGUCAACCUCAUAAUACCUUGCACGGGGAUAUCCUUCCUGACGGUGUUGGUCUUCUAUCUGCCGAGCGACAGCGGCGAAAAGGUCAGUUUGUCCAUCUCCAUUUUGCUGUCGCUGACUGUGUUCUUCCUGUUGUUGGCUGAAAUCAUCCCACCAACGUCGCUGGUGGUACCUCUCUUGGGAAAGUUCGUCCUCUUCACCAUGAUCCUCGACACGUUCAGCAUAUGCGUUACGGUGAUAGUUCUGAACGUGCACUUCCGCUCACCGCAGACUCACAUCAUGGCGCCAUGGAUCCGACGAGUGUUUAUACACAUUCUACCUAGAUUGUUAGCAAUGCGCAGGCCGCACUACCAGACAAAUAAACAAAGUAUAACAGCCGACCAUGCCCAUCGCGUCAUGAUCAGAACGUGUAAUGGUCUCGAGCUUAGAGAUCCUUCUCUCUUCGUGGAGGCCACAGCAUCCGAGCUUGCGGAAUCUUCCGUUCUCUUCCCAAGCUUGAAUUCGAGAGACGAACUGAAUCCGCGCGAACUGGAGGCGGUCAACCUGGGCAGCACCUGCCGCAUCCAUGGGUCUCCUGUUGCGUCCACAUCCACGCAACAACUUCCUACGCCGAAGAGCGUCGAAGCUCUUUGCAACACGCUCAAUCACUGGCACCACUGCCCGGAACUUUACAAAGCCAUAGAAGGCAUUCGAUUCAUCGCCGACCACACGAAAAGGGAAGAGGAUUCCACAAGGGUGAAGGAGGAGUGGAAGUACGUGGCCAUGGUGAUGGACAGGCUGUUCCUCCUGAUCUUCACGCUAGCCGUGGUGGUCGGGUCGGCAGGGAUAAUUCUGCAAGCCCCGACCCUCUACGACGAUCGCAUGCCGAUCGACGUCCGACUCUCCGAGAUCGCCUCCACCACUGCCAAACCACACAUCGUGACGAGUCUUUGAGGGGCGGCCAUCGGUGUCUUGGUCUACCGGAAGCCACAGACCGGAAGCGAGCCCGAAAGACCGGGGUCUUGGCGGGGUUCGGUCUGCUACGAGGGCGGGAACGGGAGGACUGGCUCCUGGAGGAAGUGAGAGAGAUUGCCAAUUAAGCGGCUUAGCCUGGGUUUCUCGUAAUGUAAGCCAGGACGCACCCUCCACGUACGCAUCGAGCUGGCCUAAUAUGUAAAUACGGGCCUAAAUAAUGCGCAUCUCGUAUCCGCGGUUCCAAGACUCGCGACUCGUGCACCCCUGCGAGUGCAUCCCGUUCCAGGGCUGCGAAAAUCGGACGCGCAGCUUAUGGGGUUGCAUUGUGUAUUGAGUUCCGCGUCGCGCGAAGCCCUGACGGCUCCUCGUUGUCGACUACGUAUAUCCACGUCGCUGGGCGAUCCCCGAACGAUAUCGAACUAGACGGAACUGAUUACUUUAGGGACUGGUGGUCCGAACUCGAAUGCGAAGUAAUGUACAGGACGGAAGAGAGCUCGUCGAUGUCGAAGGACUCGGCCCACUUGCGUGCGCGGUGGCUCUCCUCGGUUGGGAGCUGGGUCCUGGACCUUGUGAUGAUUUUUAAUCGUGGAAAGUGGUCCAUAUGCGACUCGCAGACGUCGAACCCGUGAAAAGAAUCGGAAGCUCGGGAAAAUCGGGUGGGUCACUUUUUGGAAAUUUUUUACCAGCGGAGUUAUGGGGAAAUUGCGAACUAUUUGUUGCUAAAUUCGGGGGAGAGGGCGAAGAGAUGGAUCUUGGGGGAUUUUUCUAGGCCGGUGCGACCGGAUAGAUGGGGACCGCUUGCGCGCACGUAGGUCGCCGAAACUCGAAGUUGCCUGUUGCAGACUCAGGAAGAAAAUAAUACGUUUCUCUGCGCUACAUCGAGCCUGUAACAAAGGGGCCAUAUUUUCACUUAAUGAAAGAAAGAAACAAAAAAAUACAAGAAGGGAAGGUACGUGUCUCUCAUACCCACUGAAAUUCUAAAUGUUCUGCAUCGACACGGCGCAGACUGGGCCAGGCCUGAAGUAGCCGACUCAACUUUUAUUGCUCACGUUAUAUGUUUGUAAUUAAGGAAGACGUGCGUAAUCGUAUUUGUUCCACUGCGGUUCGCGGUGAGGUGGAUAUUUAUUAUAAAGUUUGAAGGGUGCGCGUGUAAAACAUUUGUUCUUACGGUGCGUCACGUUACGACGUUUUAAGGCUCGCGCUUGACGGUUUUGGUAUCGCGACUGGUUCCCAAAGGUAGCUCGACUUAAUGGUACUAACGCGAUUUUAGGAGGAAACAGACAAACUAGAUUUUUAUCGACAACUAGAACAACGCGAGGGAUCGAAGGUCCUGAUAAGGGAGAAGC